AUGGCUGAAAUCAAACCUGUGUCUAAACAGGUCCGCACUUUUCAACCUACGUAUCGACUUAAUCCAAAGAAACGGUUUGAUGCCGAGAAAAUUGAAAAAAUACUCAAAAGAGUGGUGGAUGGCGAGUUAAUAGAGAUUGAAUACAGUGAGAAAGUAGUUCCAGAUUUGUGUAUAAGCCUCGCUGACAUUAUACGUAACGCCGUUAAAGAAGAAAACUAUGACAGGUUCACAUUACAAGAAAUUCGCACAUAUUUGACACACAAAGCGAAGAAUAUUACUGAUAAGAAGACUAAAAGUAGCUUUUUAAGAUAUUGGUCCGAGACACUGAAGCGAGAUGUAUCCGCAUAUGAUACGAAACUAGCACCAAGCCACCGUACGAUAAACAAAGCAGCAUCAUACGCAGUCCUGCCACUCGUGUGCCACUACGACUUACAAAAGCUACCUACGGAGAGUGAGUGCAGCCCGUCGGGUGCUGGCAGUGGCGCGCCCGUCUUACUCUAUGCCUUUGCAAAAAUGUUCCAAAAGGGUAAAAGUUUAUAA